GAAAAAGAGUGUUGGUGUCUUCCUCGCAGCGUCCCAUGUGUGUGAGUGAGUGCUAGCAAAGCAACAAAAUGGUAAAUUCAAUUAACAUUUAUUUAGAUUUUAAUAAUAUAAUAUUUGCCUAAAACAUCAGAUUAUUUCCGACUCCAGUGUAGAGAUUAAACAAAUAUUCGGAUGUCGGACUGGCUGUUUAAACGUUGCUGAUCCAGGUUACCAUGCUAGCUAGCUGGCUAGCUUCUUAGCGUUAGCUAGCUAGCUAUUUUGGUAGCCAAAAACAGCCGAAUUGACAUUUUGGACUGUUGUGUAUUUCAGUUUUUUAUUUAUUUAUGUUACAUGAGUUACAUUUAUGCGUUGUGAUUUUUACUUUGAUCCAUGACUCUGUCGAAUGAAUGAUAUAGCCAGCGUUCAACUGUUCAUGGUGUGUUUGUGUCUGAUUGUAGCUUCGUCGAGAGACGAGACUGAGACGGGAGUACCUGUAUAGGAAGGCCCAGGAGGACCGAGUGCGGACGAUUGAGGAGAAGAAACAGAAGCUGAAAUCUGCUCUUGAUGGUGAGGACUGCAUGUAAUUCAUUAGAUUGGGUGGAUGGUGAACAAUCUGAACUGUUUUGAUACAUUUUAGGAGGUCAACGGGCAUGGCUUUGAGAACAAAUGACAAUUUUGGUAACGUUAGCUAGUUCCAAGUCUUUGACUGGUUAUUUAUUUAAUUUUUUUCACAGACAAUCGUCUCAUCCCAACUGAGGUUCGCAGAGAAGCUGUUCAGUUACAGAAAUUGCUGGAGUAUGACGAUGAGGGAGCGGAAGGUUUGUUCCAUAGAAUUAUAAUUACAUUCUCCCAUCUAAUUCUGUUUUUUCCACACAUCAGGUUCUGCACAUCAACAUUCACUGUUAAUAUGAUGUUGCUCAUGACAAUGAGCAAACCAAUGACUGACUGAGAGCUUCUCCGUGUGUGCAGGUGUCAGCUCUCACAUGGAUGAUGAGUAUAAAUGGGCUGGAGUGGAGGAUCCAAAGGUCAUGGUCACAACGUCAAGAGACCCCAGCUCUCGACUCAAGAUGUUUGUCAAAGUCUGUCCCCAUUAUAUGUCUCAAGAUAUUGGCUCUUUGUCAAUUAGUCUUUCCUUGAUUUCUUCCAUCCUCUGCUCGCCUCCUUCUGAAAAGGCUUUGGAGAAAAUAGGAGGCAAGGAGAUAGGAUGCAAGCAAUCAUAGAAAGAUGAAUUGAGAGAGCCAUUCUUGUUCAAUCUCUAGCACAAAGUAUGUUUACAGUAAUCUAUAUGACUUGUCCACAAUUGUGGCUGAUGUGUAACUUUUGCUGUUGACAGGAGGUGAAACUGAUCUUCCCAGGCGCUCAGCGUAUGAACAGGGGAGGUCAUGAGAUCAAAGCUCUUGUACAAGCCUGUAAAGCCAACAAUGUUACAGACCUGAUCAUUGUUCAUGAGACCAGAGGACAGCCAGGUAAGCCCAUCCAUAACCAACACCAAAUCCUCUCAAUUAAGUAUCAUAGCCCUGCACUAUUAUUUCUCUAGGUUUAAUAAUAUUAGGUGUUUGUUUAAUGCAAACAGAGGUUGAAAUUAGCCAGUCUGUUUGAGCUAUAUUGUGCUAUUUCCUUGUCACUCCUUGUCAUGCCAUGUUUGGCUUGACAAGGACAGCAAUAGAAUAGGCAAGAGCGCACAAAUGGAUCUGGGUUGACUAGAAUGCCUCUUUCCAAGUAUAAAAACACUGCAUUGAGGUAACCUUAAAAUAACUACUUUUAUAUUGCUUGUGGUAUUAAUAGAUGGGCUGGUGGUGUGCCACCUACCUUUUGGACCAACUGCGUACUUCACCCUUUACAAUGUGGUAAUGAGACAUGAUGUGCCAGACAUUGGAACCAUGUCUGAGGCCUACCCCCACCUCAUCUUUCACAACUUCUCCUCACGACUUGGCCAGAGGGUGAGAGACUUGACACUUAACAAUUUUCAAUAAAUGUUUAGACUUAUUAUUUGAGUAGUGCAUGCAAAUGUUUGACACUGACUGUAAGUAAAUCUCUCUCAAUCAGGUUUCCAAUAUCCUCAAGUAUUUGUUCCCAGUGCCUAAAGAGGACAGUAGACGAGUUAUCACAUUUUCCAACCAGGAGGAUUUUAUAUCUUUCAGGUGAGUAGAGGGAUGCUUUGGAUGAGCUAUUUGGGAACAUGUACCUUAUGUUUUUCUGAUGAAUUUUCUAGUCAGUCAGACUUAUUCACUUAAAGUAAGGACCUAUUUUCAUUGCAGACAUCACACUUUCAAGAAAACGGACCACAAGAACGUUGAGUUGUCAGAAGUUGGACCCAGAUUUGAAAUGAAAUGUAAGUACAAUAUUUUCAAUUUCUCAUCAUUAGCAACAUCAAAUGAGUUUUUUUUACAAGGUGGAAUUUUGUAUUAAUUGCAGUUUUACCCUUUCCUGCACUGCACCCCUUAUACCAUUUGUGUAUCUUUCUCUUGUGUGUAUUGAUGAUGUACACACAUAAUUAUAUAUAAUUGUUCUAUUAUAAACUAGUGUUUUAACAACUGGUUUUCUGUCUGUAGUGUACAUGAUCAAGCUUGGUACCCUGGAGAAUGAGGCUACAGCGGACGUUGAAUGGCGCCACCACUCCUACACACACACUGCCAAAAAGAGGAAGUUUCUCAGCGUGGAGUAGCCUCAACCCAUGUGCCCCUCUCAUGGACCGCUCAUGGCAAAAGCAGCCUAACCACAUAGUUGCAUAAUGCUGUGUUUUAAGUUUUACACACCAUUCCUCAGAUAUGUAUUUCAUGUUAAUAUGGUGUCAGACCUUGGAUAAUUUCAUGGAAACAGACUUUACCAGAUAAGUUGUGUAUAAUACAAACUAGAUUUUGACUGGACUGAAUAUAUAUUUUUACUUCAAUGGUUUUGUACUACAUAUGGGUAUUUCUAUAAAUAAAGGGGCCAAUGUGUGACAUCUGGGUAAACAUUUCUAAAUGGUUUGAUAUACAUUUAAAUAUGAUUUUCUUGCAGCUUCACAUGUAUAGUUACAGGAAUAAGAGUAGAUAGGCACAAUGAAAUGAAACAUGAACACUGUAAUGCCUAGUAGCCAGGUCUGUUUGAGCUUUAGUCAACUUCUCUAAAAUGUAUAGCCAUGCAAAACCUUCCAGAAUAAUAAAAAAGAUAAACAACAGCAUUUCUAUAUUUUGUAAUAGUUUAUAUAAUUUAAUACAAUGGGUUCUGUCAACAAAAUCAUUGACAAUAAUAACCACAAGAAAUGCUCACUGGUAUCUGAGUUUAUAGAAAGACCCAUAUGUACUGUAUCUGAGCUAGUGACUUGCCCAGAGAUGAUCAACAUGUGAAAAUAAAGGCAGUCCCAGGUUUUAA